CCAAGUGUCGCAAGAUGGAGGAACAACAACAUAAGUUUACAAAUUGCAGACGUAACUAGACUAGGUUUAUGAAAAUAGUUAACCAAAAUUUUACACGGUAUUGACUCUAGAUCGAGCUAACUGUAAAUAGCAUGUCAUUUGUGUAAACUAUCUUCUGAGAUUGUAAAAAAAUGUCUGGAAUUGAGAAUGAAAUGGAACUUCUGCAACUUCAGAUCCAACAGCUGAAGUCAAUGAUCAGAGAAAAAGAUGAAAUUUUACAACAUAAAGAUAAAGAACUCCAGGAGGCUAAUGCCAAAAAUUCAAAGUUGAGGUUGCAAGCCAAAGCUAAAGCUGUGAAAAAAAGUGUGGAUGCUAAGAAAGGUCAUGAUGUACAAGAGAUAGUUGAAGACAGUGACACUCCAUCUCAACAUGUGAAUCGUGCAGAAGUACUUCUUCUGAAACGUAAACUAGAGGAUAAGAGUCGAACUGUCGCCGAGAAAGAUGAACUGAUACGUGUGAGAGAGAACCAAUUGGAAGCUAAGGAGAGAGUGAUGGCCGAACGUGAUGCUUUACUCCAUGACAUGACAAACCAAUUAGAGGAAAAAACAAGAGCAAUGGAAACUUUACAACAAGCAUUUGGAGGGGGUUCAGGGGAUGAAGUGAGUCAGAUGUAUGCUCAGAUGGUUUACAAAGACAGGAGAAUAAUGGAGCUCAACAACAAACUUUUAGAGCAAGAUAAACGGGUGAUGGACUUGCAAGAGUUUGCUGGAGAAAAAGAUGAAGUGAUUCGUGGCCGGGAUAAAGUGGUCCAGGUCUUGCAGAAUGACAUCAGAGAGAAGGACCAAACUGUACAGGAUCAAGCCUUGUUGAUCACUAAACUAACUUCUAGGGUAGAGAGUACCAAUGAGAAACUAGAUCUUUUGACUGAACAGAUGAGGCUGAAAGAGCAAGAACUAAAAUCUGAAACUGAAAAAUUCCACAUCAAGUUGACAGAAUCACAAAAGUAUUUUGAAGAAAUGCUAAGUGAGAUGGAUGCUGAAACAAAGAGGUUGCAGGGUGUGAUAAAUGAGAAAAACCUUGAGUUAUCUCUCAGAGAAAAUGAUUUGGUGCAGUUGAUAGGCAAACACGAAAAAGAUUUAGAAGCUAUAUUGAAGAAAGAAAAUGUCAAUUUACAAGAUCAUGCUUUACACAUGAUGGAAACUAAACUCAAAGAUAUCAAUGAGGUUCUAGAAGCAAAGCUGAAAGUUAUUUCCAUUCUUCAAGCUGAGAAUGCAGAAAAAGACAGACAGCUGUCGGAGUCUAGAGAAGCUCAACGUUUCCUCAAAGAAAAGCUUCAGGUUACUUCAGAACAAGUUCUUUUACUUCAGGCCAACUUUGUCGAGACAGAAACGCAGUGGAAGGAAGAGAAACUAAGAUACCAGACAAAAUUAAAAGAUGUUGUUGAGAAGCAUGAAGUUGAGUUAUCAGAAAAAGCAGUGCAACUUGAAAGCCUCCACUCUAGAUUAUCACAUUUUGAAGCAGCAUACAGCCAGGCUACAGAAGAAUACAGACGUCUGCAAGAACACUACAACUUAUCUGUAGCUGGAAAAGAAAGAGAACAGUCAAGUGAUUCAGUAGCAGUAAGGGAAGAAAUGACCAGCAGCCUGAAUCAACAAAUAGAAGAAUACAAAGUUACUAUUGAGAAGUUAAGGCAGCAGGUGAAAGAACUUCAAUCUAGAUCAUCAGGGGAAGAAAGUGCAGGUCCAACUGACAGUAAACUACUCAAAGUAAAAGCUCAGAUGACAACUAAAGUGAAAGCUCUGGAGAAACAGUUAGCAGAACUCAAGAGUAGCACUUCAUCCAAUGAAGUAGAAAGUUUGAAGAACAGAGUCCAAGAAUUGACAGAAGAGAACAAAUUAAUACAACAGAAACUUGUUGAAGCAGAGGAGCAGGUGUCUACACUAGAUGAACUGAAAGCUCAAUUAUUCAAUGAUUUAAUAAUUUCUACAUUCUCUAGAUGA